AUGGUUGUAUUCAAAUCGAAAAUUCCAGAUAUUGAAAUCCCCUCGGUUGGAAUUUUUCAAUAUGUUUUUUCAAAUCCAAAUAAAGUUUCUGAAGACAAGCCCAUUUUUAUUGAUGGUUUAACUGACAAAAAAUUAACUUUUGCUGAAUUAAAAUCAAAUGCAAAAAAAUUUGCUGGUGGAUUACAAGACAAAGUUGGUUUUAAACGUGGGGAUGUUUUAUCCAUUUUUUCUCCUAAUCAGGUUGAUUAUCCGACCGUAAUCUUUGGUACAAUUGCUGCUGGUGGUAAAGUUUCACCUGCCAAUCCAACGUACACCGCCGAAGAAUUUGCUUCUCAAUUAAAAGAUUGUGGAGCAUCCAUAAUAGUAGCCCACCCACACGUUCUUCAUGCUGUUAUAAAAGCAGCCGCAGCUGCUAAUAUUCCCGAAUCGAAAAUCUUUCUUUUUGGCGAUGAAGUAGUUAAUGGAAUCUUACCUUAUAAUAGUUUAUUUGGCGAACGCGAGGCCAUUCCCGUAGAAUAUACACCUGAAGAAGUUAAAGAAACAACAGCUUUCUUAUGCUAUAGUUCUGGUACUUCUGGAAAGCAAAAAGGUGUUGAAACUACUCAUCUUAAUAUGGUUGCCAAUGUGUCGCAAAUUUUGGCUAUUGAACAAGAAGCUCACCCUGGAAUUGUUUAUAUGGGUGUUCUGCCAUUCUUUCAUAUUUAUGGAUUGAAUCUUCUCAUGCAUUUUGUCCUCGUUCUCGGGGCUUCAUGUGUAGUUAUUUCCAAGUUUGAAUUUGAAUCAUUUUGUCGUGUAAUCGAAAAUUACAAGGUUUCGAUAGCUCAUAUUGUACCUCCAAUCGUACUCUUAUUAGUUAAAAGUCCUAUAACAAAGAAAUAUAAUUUAUCAAGUUUACAAUUAAUCAUUAGUGGCGCAGCCCCAUUAAGUAAAGAUUUAAUUGAAAGUUUUUAUAACGUUCAUAAGAUUAAUAUUAAGCAAGGUUAUGGUUUAACUGAAACCACUCCUGUAACUCAUCUCGGUCUUACUACCGAUAUUGUUUAUGGUUCUUGUGGUAUUCUUGUUCCAAAUAUGGAAUGUAAAUUGAUAUCUGAAGAUGGUCAAGAAGUAGGAUAUAAUACGCCAGGUGAAGUCUGCGUUCGUGGACCAAAUGUCAUGAAGGGAUAUUUAAAUAAUAAGGAGGUAACUGAUGCCGUUAUUGAUAAAGAUGGAUUUUUCCACACGGGAGAUGUCGGUUUAGUUGAUGAAAAUGUCAAAGAAUUAAUUAAAUAUAAGGGAUUUCAAAUUGCACCAGCAGAAUUAGAAGCAAUUUUACUUUCACAUCAUUUAAUAUCUGAUGCCGCGGUAAUAGGUGUAUAUUCUGAACAAGAGGAAACUGAAUACCCAGUUGCUUACGUUGUAAUUCAACAAAAUGUCCAACAAACUAGCGAUUUAUCCGAAGAAAUUAAAAAAUUUGUUGACAAUCAAGUUGCUCCUCAUAAAAAAUUAAGAGGCGGUAUAAUUUAUACUGAUCAAAUACCAAAAAGUGCAUCUGGUAAAAUUUUAAGAAGAAUUUUAAGAGAAAAGGCAAAAUCUGAAUUUGCUACAUCCCAUCGCUAG